ACUUUUCAAAUUCCAUGUUAAGCUGUUAUACUGUCAAAUAUUAAAUGCUAAUUGAAUUUAAUUGAAAUUUAGAGAAGCAGUCAAUUUACAAUUGAAUUAUAUAGUGUAAGCGGAUCUUACAAUUAAUUGUAAUAAAUGUGUUGCCAGCAAUGUACUUUAAUUUGUGCCAUUGAAACAACGAAAAAAAGAUUAUUUUAUCCUUUAGACAGUGGUUGUCAAAAUUUGAGAUAAUUGUUACGACGCGAUUGCGUCGAAUUGAACGAGCACGAAUGAAGAUACUCGUCGGUGCUCGUUGGUAUUCGUCAAGAUUCGUCGAAGAUCGUGAAAUUUUCGUCCAUUGUUAAUGAGUAUAAAUACACUUCGUUCUUGAUCGUUCGGGUUCAUUCCACUCAGUGGAUUUGCAUCGUCAGUUAGAUUAAUAUUCUGAUUUUUGACUCUGUGAACCAUGAAAGUUUGAGAACCACUGACUUUGCUGUUCCUCUCUUUCUCUUUGAUGGUUGCUUUGCUCCCCUUGUAGGCCAUGCGAUUGGCGCGUAGUCUAUGACGUAAGUCGGCAACGGUUCCACCCGUGGACCGUAUCAAGUCCCCUUUUAUCUUUGAAGAUCCCCGGUGAAUACAAAAUUUGCUGAGUAUCAUGCCAGUUACAGUAUACGUAUAAGAUUGAGUUCCCUACGUCAUUUUUACCUAGGUUUUCGAUGAUAAGAAUUGUGUUCCAACAAGAUAUCGCAAGCGACCAUUCUCCACUUUUAAUCGGGAGGAAGUUCUAAAUUCGAGUUUCAAUGGAAAAAAGCGGCGAGAAAAAAACUGAACAAUUUAAGCUUCUACCAAAAAUUAUCAAUGGCGGAAUCGCGGGUAUUAUUGGCGUCUCCGUGGUAUUUCCAUUGGACCUGGUUAAAACACGAUUACAGAAUCAGGUUGUUGGUCCAAACGGCGAGCGAAUGUAUAAAUCUAUGUUCGACUGUUUUAAAAAAACUUAUAAAGCUGAAGGUUAUUUCGGCAUGUAUAAAGGGUCUGGUGUAAAUAUUCUCUUAAUCACACCAGAGAAAGCAAUUAAACUCACUGCCAACGAUACUUUCCGUCACUACUUAUCUACUGGACCCGGACAAAAACUGCCAUUAGAACGCGAAAUGCUUGCCGGUGGCCUAGCUGGAGCUUGUCAAAUAAUUGUUACAACCCCCAUGGAGUUACUCAAAAUCCAAAUGCAGGAUGCUGGACGAGUAGCGAUGGCAGCUAAAAAGGCGGGACAAAGUGUACCAAAAGUGUCAGCUGUUUCUCUAACAAAGGAUCUACUUCGAAAAAGGGGUAUUUUGGGACUUUAUCAGGGCACUGGUGCAACAGCUCUUAGAGAUGUUACAUUUUCUGUUAUUUACUUUCCAUUAUUUGCUAGACUGAAUGAUAUUGGUCCAAAGAGAGAAGAUGGCUCCUCUGUAUUUUGGUGUUCAUUUUUGGCUGGUUGUGCUGCUGGUUCUACAGCCGCGUUAUCGGUCAAUCCAUUUGAUGUGGUGAAAACUAGACUGCAAGUAAUAAAAAAGGCACCUGGUGAACCCACGUAUAAUGGAGUAUUGGAUUGUAUAAGUAAAACAUUGAAAAAUGAGGGUCCGACAGCGUUUUUCAAAGGUGGCGCAUGUAGGAUGAUUGUGAUAGCGCCUCUAUUUGGGAUUGCACAAACCGUUUACUACCUCGGCGUUGCAGAGUGGCUUUUAAGACUUAAAUGAAUGUCGCCCUCUAUUUUUCUCUGCCGUCUGAAUACUCUGGGAUUAAACUGACAAUAACUGGCGCAUUAUAGAUGUAUUUUCGCUUAAUAUUGUUCGUUAGUUUCAGAAUGAGUGAUUUCUCUUCUGAAUUGUUUUAGAAUCUUGAUUAUUGGAUGGGUAAAGAAUGUAUAGGGAGAAAAAUACAUUUUUCCUUUUCUCGUUCUUGUUUUAAUCUCUUAAAGUUUAAUAGCGUAAUACAAUUAUUUACAACGAAACAUUAAAAAAGAUCUUAAAUUUAAUUAAGUGUGAGGAAUUUAAAUAACGCUUUUUUAAAUUUGAAUUAACUGUUUAAUUGAAAUAAAAGAAAAGUUUAAAUAUUUUACUUCAAUGCAGUUAUGAGUUAUGUACCUUCUAAUAAUCGAGGUUCUACUAUGCCAUACCGGGAUUAAUUCAACGUUAAUAAUAGCGAUUUUGAUGCCGACCUAGUAUUAUAGUUGAAUGAGAAUCAAACCCACGAUUUACGACCAAGGUCACUUAUUUUCAUCAUUAACGAACUAGUCAAUGUAGAUUUUGUUGUUCCGAUUUAAUUGACUCCUGUAGAAAUCAUGUCUCCUUAAACCAGUGUUUCCAAAUUUUUAUUUAUUUCGUUUUAUUAUUUUAAUUUUAUUAAGUUAAAAAAAAUACGAAUUCAUCGAAAUUCCAAAUUUUGAAUGAAUAAGUUGAAAAACUCAACAAUGUAUAUUUAUUUUAAUUUUGCAUAAUAGUAAAAUGUAAUUGCUACAAAUAUGGUAUAUUACAUAUCUAAAUAUACAUGAAAAGUAGUAAUUGUGUAUAAACAAUAAGAGAUUAUUAGUGGAGUGAUGAUUAUUAUCAUUUUAAAUUUUUUAUAAAUAUAUUGAUACGUACUAUUGUACAUUAAAAGCGUUAUGGAAACACUGGUAGUAUAUUAUGAUAACAGGAGCCUAUAUUUGCGAACUAUUAGUUUUAGUUAAUUUAGUUAACAAGAAUUGUUACAAUAAUUAUAAGAAUCAAAUGAUACAACAGGGUAACUCUUAAUUGAUGUGAUUAAGAAUAAACUUCAAUCGUAUAAAUUCAUUCCAUGUUAAUUUUACAUUUUAUAUUACUGUAAGUUUUAUUAAAAUAAUUACAGAAAUAUUAAAAACAUAUCUAAACUGUUAGUAUCAGUUCAGUAGAAAAACAUUUUUUAUAUUCUUUUUUUUUAUAAUUAAGAUGUUUAUAAAAUUUUUGAAGAUAUCAUAGCAAUUAAGAGUUAAACUGUUCCCCUUCCUUUGUUCUUCCUGGGCAAUUUUGCAGGGAAAUUCUAUGGAAGUUUCUCGAAAGGAAGUUCAUGUCAAUUUUGGGAACGGUUCACUAGAAAUGUAAUAGAAAUCUUAAUGUUAUCAAUGUACAUUGACAUUGUACAAAAGUAAAGUUGCCCUGUAAAAAUCCUGACUUAUUCUUUAGAUAUGUUUCUUAGAAAAUUAAUUUUUUAUGUACAACGAAUUAUUAAAUCUUUUUUUGUUAAAAAAAAAAAA